AUCGCCGUACUCGUCAGGGGAGAGAAGAUCAUUCCGAGACGGCGAGGGGCCAAACAUCUCGACAGCGACCAUGAUCUCCGUCUACUCUGUCCUGUACACCCUGGCGCUGUUCUCUGAGCUGAGCGGCGCCGUGCCCGCCUCCGAGGCGGCGGAGGACGGCGCGCUGGAGCGAGGUGGCUUCUUCUUAGGGGACGAUUCCAUGGGCGAGCCCGGCGUGAUCUCGCCCGGGUACCGGCAACGCCUGGCGCUGGACGCCGACGCCAGGGAGGAAGACGGCGGCCCGAAAAUCAUCUUCGUCUCGGACGCCAGGCCGAAAGGACGCGGCCUCCGCGGGCUGAGCCCGACCUUCGGCCGCAGCCCUCCUCCGCCCGCCGACCGGAGCUCCGGCGUGAAGAUCGAUCGCAGAAACUCUGACCUCGAUAUGCUGCGGUGUAUGAUCGGAAGAGUGUACCGACCCUGCUGGGAGGUGUAAAUGUUUCCCCGAGCUAACGUCAAGCCCUGAAUGUGCUAUAAAAAAAGAAAAGGAAAAGGAAAAUCUUUCUUAGACGUUUUUACAGCAGACAUCUUAAAAUGUGUGUUCUUUUCCCUGAGCCCUCCACACAUCGAAAAGGGCGGGUUCUCACAUGUUGGAUGGACAGAAUCAAUAACCCCAAAGCGUACGUGUGUUGUGCCCAUUCUAUAUAGUCUAGAUCACAGUAUUUGGUCCUGUAGGGACGAUUGGAAGUCAUUUAUUUCAUUACGGAUGUGGAAAGUUAGCCUGACGAGCGACUGCAGUCCGCCAUUCUUCAUCGUGUACGUGCAAACGCGCCCGUGUGUCUGUGUUACAGUGAAGUGCGUCGCUUGGUUAAAGAUGAGACAAACAUGUAAAAGAAAAAUAAAUGUUUAUUAAAAUGGAAAA